AUGUAAUGUAGGCUAUUAAUCGGUAUUGAUGGAAUUUAUUUGAAAGAAUUCAUAAGUUGUUUUUAAUUUAUUUUCAUUAACUCUUCAAGAUAGUUAAACUUAUAGGUUAAUUUUAGGAAAAUGGAGGCAAAACCAGAUGGUUGUGUGAGUGAACUGAAGAAUAAACUGAAUGAAAUGCUUAAAGGAGUGGUUGUUCCAGAAUUGUCUGGAAUCCAUGAACAAUGCAUAUACAAAGUACCACCAAGUAUUCGCGAAGCUAAUCCACAAGCUUAUAUACCUAAAAUUAUUUCCAUCGGUCCUUUUCACAGUACACAUGGUUCAACUAGUGACAACAUUUUUCACCAAAUGGAACAACUCAAACUCAAAUAUCUCAAAGGAUUUCUAAAUAGAACAAAUCUUUCUCUGGAUGAUUUAGUUUUCAAAUUUCAAGAAUGGGAAAAUAGAAUCAGAAGCUGUUAUGCAGGGCUUUUUAGCUAUAACAGCAAUGAUUUCUUAAAAAUCAUUAUCAUUGAUGCAUGCUUCAUAAUUGAACUUUUUCUUAGGAAUUUUAAAUACAUAAAUUGGAAGGAAAAUGACCCUAUAUUACUAAAACCUUGGUUACUUUAUGACAUUACACGUGACUUAACACUCCUUGAAAAUCAGAUACCAUUUUUUGUUCUUGAAGAUAUAUACACAUUAGUAAGUCUAAACCUUGAAUUUCCUUCAUUUCUCGCAAUUACUAUAUGUUAUUUUUGUCGAUACAACCUUCAGAAAAUAACUUCAGUGGUGUGUCCAGCUCCAAAACACUUCACAGAUCUACUAAGAACAUUUUUGCUGCCGCAGUCAUCAUUUCAUUUUGAACCAGCAGAAAUUGGAGAUGAAAUUGAUUCUGUAUACAGUGUGAGCCAAUUAUCAGAAGCAGGAUUAGUAUUUGAAGUAAGUGAAAGUAAAUGCUUACUUGAAUUGAAUUUCGAUGAUAAGGGAGUGUUCAAAAUGCCAUGUUUUCAUGUCCAUGAUGGAACAUAGUCAUACCUGAGGAAUAUAUUAGCAUUUGAAGAAUGUCACAUUAUAGAUGAGGAUUCACGUUACAUUUCUCAGUACGUUAGUAUCUUAGAUUUUCUUAUUAAUACAGAAAAAGAUGUGAACAUCUUAGUUGAUAAGAAAAUUAUUGUGAAUGGGAUGGGUGAUGCUAAUGAAGUGGCUACAAUGGUUAACCAACUUUGCAAAAAUAUAACAGUAACUGGUCAACCGAAUUCAAAAUAUAUGUCUGUAUGUAAAAGGUUAAAUGGUUUCUAUGAAAACCCUCUCAAUAAGUAUAAAGCUAUAUUUGUGCAUGAGUACUUCAAUACACCGUGGAAAAUAGCAUCUACUGUAACUGCUGUGUUGCUGCUUUUGUUUACUCUUAUCCAAACUGUAUGUUCAGUCUGCUCCCUCUAAUGGUACAGUUAAUAUUAUGUAAUAUGUU